AUGAGGGAAAAGGGCCGUAGGAAGAAGGGCAGGACCUGGGCGGAGGCCGCCAAGACGGUCUUAGAAAAAUACCCCAAUACACCCAUGAGUCAUAAAGAAAUUCUUCAAGUUAUCCAGAGAGAAGGACUAAAAGAAAUCAGGAGUGGGACUUCCCCUCUUGCAUGCCUGAAUGCAAUGUUGCACACAAACUCCCGAGGUGAAGAGGGCAUCUUCUAUAAGGUUCCAGGUAGAAUGGGCGUAUAUACUUUGAAGAAAGAUGUGCCGGAUGGGGUGAAAGAGCUAUCAGAAGGUUCAGAAGAAAGCAGUGAUGGUCAGUCAGAUUCCCAGAGUUCUGAGAACAGCAGCAGCAGCAGUGAUGGUGGCAGCAACAAGGAGGGAAAAAAGAGCAGGUGGAAAAGGAAAGUAUCGUCUAGACUGUCACAACCAUCCUCUCCCCAGUCAGGCUGCCCAUCACCUACCAUUCCAGCAGGUAAAGUCAUUUCUCCAUCACAGAAGCACAGCAAGAAGGCACUAAAACAGGCUCUAAAACAGCAACAGCAGAAGAAGCAGCAGCAACAGCAAUGCAGGCCAAGCAUGUCCAUCUCCUGCAACCAGCCUCUCUCCCUGAAGACUGUCAAAGCAACCAGUGACUCUGUAUCUGCCAGGCCUGCAAUGUGGGAAGGAAAGCCAUCUGAUGGCCAGUCAAGCAGCCCUCAGAACUCAAAUUCUAGCUUUUCUUGUUCAGUUCAAGUGGAAAAUCCCUUGCUAGGCUUGGGGAAGAAGUCAUUCCAGAGGUCUGACAGGCUCCACACAAGGCAAAUGAAAAGGACUAAAUGUGCUGAAAUUGAUGUUGAGACACCAGACUCCAUUCUGGUUAACACAAAUCUACGAGCACUGAUCAACAAACACACCUUUUCAGUCCUUCCUGGAGAUUGCCAGCAGCGACUGCUUUUACUCCUUCCAGAGGUGGAUCGUCAGGUUGGUCCAGAUGGUCUGAUGAAGUUAAAUGGCUCAGCCCUUAACAAUGAGUUCUUCACUUCAGCAGCCCAAGGCUGGAAGGAACGACUCUCAGAAGGUGAGUUUACACCUGAGAUGCAGGUGAGAAUUCGACAAGAGAUUGAGAAGGAGAAAAAAGUAGAGCCAUGGAAAGAACAAUUCUUUGAAAGCUACUAUGGUCAGAGUUCUGGCCUGAGCCUUGAGGAUUCAAAGAAAUUAACAGCCUCGCCCAGUGAUCUCAAAGUAAAGAAAACCCCAGCAGAGCAACCAAAAUCCAUGCUUCCUUCAGAGGCCUCACCUGCCAGUACAGUCCCAGUGAUUCCCCAGUUAGAGUCUAAAGAAGAAGUGGCACAAGCACCAUCCCCAGUAAGGAAGGAAGAGCAUGAAAGCCAAGAUCUGGUGCCGCCAAACUCGAAGCCCACAGAGCCCCUAUUGUCCUCAGCAAGCAAUACCCAAGAGCUUGGCGGCACUGUUCCCAUCAAGUGCCCUAAGGAUGAUGAGCUCAUGGAGCAGAAGCCAGUUGCCUCUGUUGAACAGGAGUCCGAGAAAGAGAAUCAUCUCACUACAGUUUCUAAUUACAACAAAGAUGAAAGCCAGGGAGCUUUAGUUACGUCCCCAAACAAACCCAAGAGUCCUGGGGUGGAUAAGCCAGGAAUGAAGCCCAUAGUGGAAACAGGUCCACAGGAGACCAGUAUGAAAGAACCUCCAUCAGCUCUGACCGAUCACAGCCCAGAGAGCCUUAAGAGGAAAUCUUGUCUUCUCCAAGAAGAGGCCCCUGUGAGCUGGGAGAAAAGGCCGCGUGUCACUGAGAAUCGCCAGCACCAGCAGCCAUUUCACGUCUCGCCACAGCCCUUUCUCAGUAGAGCAGACAGGAUCCAGGUGCGAAAAGUACCGCCUCUCAAGAUACCUGUCUCCAGAAUCUCCCCCAUGCCUUUUCCUACAUCGCAGGUCUCUCCCAGGGCUCGUUUUCCAGUCUCCAUCACUAGUCCUAACAGAACAGGAGCCAGAACUCUUGCAGACAUCAAAGCAAAAGCCCAGCUGGUCAAAGCACAGAGGGCAGCAGCCGCCGCCGCCGCCGCCGCUGCCGCCGCCGCCUCGGUUGGAGGGACCAUUCCAGGACCUGGCCCGGGGGGUGGACAAGGUCCAGGAGAGGGUGGUGAAAGGAAGCCUGCUAGAGGAGGGAGUCCAGACUCAGACAGAGCCCGUGAACCCGGAAAGGGCCCCGCACUGGAAUUGGCAGGAACUGGAAGCAGGGGAGGUACGAGAGAGCUUUUACCCUGUGUUCCAGAGACUCAGCCCCAGUCUGAGACCAAGACCCCAGACCAGGCUCAGCCUCAUAGUGUCUCUGGAGCACAACUACAGCAAACCCCCUCAGUGCCUCCAACACCUGCCAUCAGUGGAGCACGCACAAGUGUCCCAUCAUCAGCCCACACUCACGCACCCCCACCAGCUGUAGGGAAACUGAGUAAUGAAAAACUGAAUCCCACCAGGGCAACAGCCACAGUGGCCUCUCUUACCCACCCACAAGGGCCCAACGAUUGCAGACAGGAGAAAGCGCCUUCUGCUCCGACAGAUUCUGCUCUCCUCUCUGGUGCCUCGCCUGUUCGUUUUGCAGCUGACGGCACAGUUGAGCCCAGAGUAGGUUCUAGUAAGAAUAUACCAGACCCUUCAGCCUCGGCAGAGACAACUGCUAGUACGUCAGUGGAUAUGACUCCCUCUCCUUUAACAUCUUUAUUGACAGCAGCCACUUUAGAAAAGCUUCCUGUACCCCAGGUCAGUGUGACUGUAGCAUCUACCGGAUCAGCUCCGUCCUCGAGCACUUUGCCAGUAGCUUCUAGCCUUAAAACUCCAGGAACUUCUUCAAAUAUGAAUGGACCCAUUUCAAGGCCAAGCUCUAGUAUCCCUGCGAAUAAUCCUUUGGUCACUCAGCUGCUUCAGGGCAAAGAUGUUCCCAUGGAGCAAAUUCUGCCCAAACCUCUCACCAAAGUUGAAAUGAAAACUGUUCCACUGACCACAAGAGAGGAGCCGGGGGUAGGAGCCCUCACAGGCACCAACGCAACAGAGAUCAGCAGAGAGGAAGUUAGUGAGAGGCAGUCUCGCCCAGGUCUACAGCCGCUGGGUAAAACCUUGCAAAAUAAGCAGCUCCCCCAGGUUCCAAGAUCCCUCCAGCUCUUGACAGGUAAGGAUCUGAGGGACUCUAGCAUUGACACACACCAAUACCAGGAAGGACUAAGUAAAGCCACUCAAGAUCAGAUCCUUCAGACUCUCAUCCAGAGGGUUCGGAGGCAGAAUGUUCUCCCGUUUGUGCAGCCCUCCCAGUUCAGCUUCACUCACUCAGGUUUCCAGUUAGAGGAUAUCUCCACAAGCCAGAGGUUCAUGUUGGGUUUUGCUGGCAGAAGGACAUCAAAGCCUGCAAUGGCAGGUCACUACUUACUUAACAUUUCCACCUAUGGCCGGGGUUCAGAGAGCUUUAGGAGGACCCAUUCUGUAAACCCUGAAGACCGUUUUUGUCUAAGUAGCCCCACUGAGGCCUUGAAAGUGGGAUAUACAGACUGUAAAAAUGCAACAGGAGAUAGUAGCAGCGGCAAAGAAGAAGAUACUGAUGAGGAAAGUACUGGUGAUGAGCAAGAACCCAUCAUGGUGAAGGAGGAGCCCCAGGCUUCCCAGGGUUCUGGCAAGUGUGAAGCAAGUUCAGGACCCCACAGUAGAGAGACCCCAUCCACCAAUGAUUGUUUAGCAAAAAAGAAUGUGAAGGCGGAGACACCAGUGCAUGAGCAAACCACUUUAAGCAAGGAGAAUUACCUGUUCCCUAGAGGCCAAACAUUUGAUGAAAAAACCCUAGCCCGAGAUUUUAUUCAGGCAGCACAGAAACAAAUAGCUCAUGCAGUGAGAGGGAAGACGAUGCGUAGCAGCCCUGAGCUUUUCAGUUCUGCUCUCCCUCUGACUGCAGACAGUCCCACCCAUCAGCCUCUCCUCCUUCCACCACUGCAAACCCCAAAGCUAUAUGGAAGCCCCACACAGAUUGGGCCAAGCUACAGAGGCAUGAUCAAUGUCUCCACCUCGUCUGACAUGGACCCUAACUCUGCUGUACCGGGGAUGCCUGACUGUAGCCAAGUAUCUAGCAACGUAGGUGAUGUCAUGUCCUUUUCAGUGACUGUCACUACUAUCCCUGCUAGCCAAGCUAUGAAUCCCAGCAGCCAUGGCCAGACCAUUCCUGUUCAGGCCUUUCCUGAAGAGAACAGCAUAGAGGACACACCUUCGAAAUGUUACUGCCGAUUGAAAGCCAUGAUCAUGUGCAAGGGGUGUGGAGCGUUCUGCCACGAUGAUUGCAUCGGCCCCUCUAAACUUUGUGUCUCCUGCCUUGUCGUUCGGUAA